AGGUUUGAGUCGUUGGUGCUGUGUGUUUGAGUGUGUUUGACUUCACGUGCUUACCUUCUUCCUCCCAAUUCAAAGUGAACCUCUCUAUUUAAUGCAAACCCCAAAACGAAGAAACAACCAGUCAGCCUUCAAAACUCACAAUUAUAUCAUAUCUUCAUCCAAUUCUUGCUGUGAUCUCUCAAAGUGAGAAAAGCCAUGGCAAUGGCAAUGGCAAUGGCAACAACAACAACAACAACCAAACCGAUGAUCGGAGCGAAGGCGGCGUGUGUGGUUGGCGGCACCGGCUUCGUGGCUGCCACCCUUGUGAAGAUGUUGCUAGAGAGAGGAUAUUCCGUCAACACCACUGUCAGGGACCCCGAUAAUAAGAAAAACAUCUCUCACCUCGUAGCACUGGAGGGUAUGGGAAACUUAAAAAUCUUCCGAGCAGACCUAACUGAUGAACAGAGCUUUGAUGCCCCCAUAGCCGGUUGUGACCUUGUUUUUGAUGUUGCAACCCCAGUUAAUUUUGCUUCUGAAGAUCCAGAGAAUGACAUGAUAAAGCUGGCAAUCCAAGGAGUGCUUAAUGUUUUAAAAGCCUGCGCGAAAGCAGGAACGGUUAAACGUGUCAUUUUAACAUCAUCAGCAGCCUCUGUAACGAUUAAUCAGCUUGAUGGAACGGGGCUUGUCAUGGAUGAGAGUCACUGGUCAGAUGUCGAGUUUUUGACUUCUGUGAAGCCACCCACUUGGGGGUAUCCUGUAUCAAAGACACUAGCGGAGAAAGCAGCGUGGAAAUUUGCUGAAGAAAAUAACCUUAACCUCAUAACUGUCGUCCCUACUCUUACAGCUGGUCCUUCUCUUACAUCGGAAGUUCCUAAUAGUAUUGAACUUGCCAUGUCCUUGAUCACAGGGAAUGAAUUCCUCAUAGAUGGACUGAAAGGUAUGCAGAUACUGUCAGGUUCGAUCUCAAUUACCCACGUAGAGGAUGUUUGUGGUGCGCACAUAUUUGUGGCGGAGAAAGAAUCAGCUUGUGGUCGAUACAUUUGUUGUGGUGUCAAUUCCAGUGUUCCAGAGCUUGCAAGGUUCUUGAACAAAAGAUACCCCCAGUACAAUGUUCCUACCGAUUUUGGAGAUUUGCCGUCCAAAGCCAAGUUGAUCAUCUCAUCCGAAAAGCUUAUCAAAGAAGGAUUUAGUUUCAAGUAUGGGAUUGAAGAAAUUUUUGACCACUCAGUGGCCUACUUAAAGACUAAGGGGCUUUUGCAGAACUGAAGGCACUAACAAUACUUAUCCCAGCCUAAAAUGCAGUCAAUGGUAUUCCAAUUAUGAAUAAAUUCUUACAAAAUAUAUUUGGUUUUGGAGAUUAUUUGGGUAAAUUAUUGAAAGCAAGUUAAUCUUUAUAUCUCAUUCAUUCAAUUAAGCAAAUUAUGUUAUGUGGCAGUGCAAUGACAUAUAUAUACAUACAUAUAUAUUUGUGCC